AUGGCAGAACCACCAACCACUGUUUCCUAUCACAACCCAUUUGAUCAUGACCUUUCCAGCAUUGAAGAGAUCCUAAUGUCAGAUGAAAACCCGAAUUUCGAUCUCUCCGAGUUACCUUCUCUCCCAGAAAACAAUUCCUUUCACAUAUUAAUCUCUCAAUCCGGUGAUGAUAAUAUUGCAGACCCCGACGAUCCCCUUGUGGAUCCAUUUGUUUGGGAGGUUUUGAAUGACUCUGAUGGUAACAACUCUCAAGCAGGGCCUUCUGAUAUCCAUGGCCAAAGAACUGGACAUGACAGAGAGAAUAGUAAUCCAGAAAAUUUGGGUUUUGGAAAUCCGGUGCCAUUGUCUAUUUGGCCUGUAUCACCAGUUCCAUAUGCUUGCAGUUGCUGUCAAGUACUAAGAGAAAUAAUCCAUACUAAUGGCAUCCACAUGACAAAACUCGAGAUUCAUGGAAGACUUGGUAUGAUUUGUCACGCUGUUCUGGAGAAUCGAUAUGGUGCACAAUUGACCACACGAAACGAAGAGUAUCAAAUGUUUGAGGAAAGCACAAGCAGUGUAAAGCAGUUCCUAGUUCAAUACUGUGAAGGGCGUAAACAAGCUGGCUACAUUUUGCUGCAAGAUCCACUUUUAAUCUUCUAUGAGACCUUGUGUGUUGGAUUAAGUGGGGAUGACAACUUAUUGGAUACAGAUGGUUUCCUUCAACAAUCACCAACAAAUUCAGGUGAUUUCCAAAUGAACCUUCCCGAAAUGGAGGCCCAACCAGAACUUGUGAACCAAGCAGAGGCCGAGAGGAAGGCAGACAGACUUACUAAGACCUCUCUCGCUGCACAGGUUGUGCUAUGUACACUCUCGUAUCUUAAUGACAAUACCAAUCUAUACUCAACUUUGCCUACUUCUAUUAUUCUCAUUGCGAGGGAAAGAACAGGAAAGUUAACAUUGAAAGAUGUCAAACAGUAUUUCAAUCUUCCUAUAGAUGAAGCGGCCAAGAAAAUGAAUAUAUGUCCCACUGUCAUGAAGAAGAUAUGCCGCAGAGAUGGGUUGUUACGCUGGCCAUACAGAAAGAUAAAAGCCACCGAGAAGAAAAUAUCAAAGAAAAAAGGAAGUUUAGCCGCCACUGAUGUCAAAGAAAAGGCAGGGGCACAAGCGGAGAUAGAGAGCCUUCAACAAGAACUUGCCUCUAUAUUUGCAGCAAACAGUGGUUGA